AUGUCAGGCCGAGGAAAACAAGGAGGCAAAGCGAGGGCUAAGGCAAAGUCUCGCUCCUCGCGGGCUGGGCUGCAGUUCCCGGUGGGUCGAGUGCACCGCUUGCUCCGUAAAGGUAAUUAUGCUGAGCGGGUGGGGGCUGGAGCCCCGGUCUAUAUGGCCGCAGUGCUGGAGUAUCUGACCGCUGAGAUUCUCGAGUUAGCCGGCAACGCUGCUCGGGACAAUAAGAAAACCAGAAUCAUUCCCCGACAUCUGCAGCUCGCCAUCCGUAACGACGAGGAGCUCAACAAACUGCUUGGGAAAGUGACGAUAGCUCAAGGGGGUGUCCUGCCCAACAUCCAGGCCGUGCUACUGCCUAAGAAAACCGAGAGUCACAAGGCCAAGAGCAAGUGAAGCUGAUCGGGAAGAAGCAAAACUUUGCAGUCCAAAACCAACCCAAAGGCUCUUUUCAGAGCCA